AUGACCAGUACAGGCCUCAACCCUGAGAGCAAGCUCCUCAAGCCGCUCAAAAUCGGCCAUGCUCAACUUCAACACCGCAUCGCUCUGGCGCCCCUGACGCGCUACCGGAGCGAUAAGAACCAUGUCGUCAUGCCAUUUGUGCCAAGAUACUACAGCGAGCGAGGAUGUAUCCCAGGCACGCUUGUCAUCUCGGAGGCCACCGGAACCUCCAUGCAGGAGGUUGGCGGGCGAGCAGCCCCUGCCUUUGUGACGGAGGAACAGUCUGCUGGCUGGAAAAAGGUGAUCGAGGCAGUCCACGACCGAGGCUCCGUCUACUUCCAGCAAAUCUGGGCUCUGGGCCGAGCGGCCGAUCCCCAAUACCAGAAGGAACGUGGCUUGAAAUACAGAUCCUCCAGUGCCGUUCCCAUGCAGCCAGGCGGCCCCGUGCCCGAAGCAAUGACCGAGGAGGAGAUCCUGGGCGUGAUUCAAGACUUUGUCGAUACCGCGAAGAGAGUCGUGGCCGCCGGUGGUGAUGGCGUCGAGAUCCACGGCGCUCACGGUUACCUGCUGGAUCAAUUCACCUCGGAUUCGGUCAACAAGCGCACCGAUCGAUGGGGUGGCCCGAUCGAGAACCGUGCUCGAUUGCUUCUUGAGGUCGUCAAGGCCGUUGUCGCCGCCAUCGGUGCGGAGCGCGUAGGCCUUCGCCUGUCUCCCUAUGCCACUUUCCAAGGCGCAGAGUCCACUGACAUCGUGGGCGAUUAUACCUAUAUUGUCAAGGAACUGAAGAACAUGAACGUUCCCUUCGCCUAUCUGUCACUGGUCGAGGCUCGAGGCGAUCCCGCCAAAUUGCUCACUCCUAGUGAUGACCCGGCCAUCGCGAAGCAAACCCUUGACUUUAUCCUUAACAUUUGGGACAACUUGUCCCCAGUCAUCGUGGCCGGAGGAUACACUCCCGAAAGUGCAGCCGCGGCCUUGGAGAGCCACUAUGCGAAGUGGGAUGUCAUUGUCGCCUUUGGCCGAAGCUUCCUUGCCAAUCCGGAUUUUGUCUGGCGGGCCCAACAUGGCAUCAAGAUGAACCAUUACCACCGGCAGACCUUCUACAUCAGAGGUUCCGAGAUUGGAUACAACGACUAUAACUUCAGUCAGGAGUACAUUGAUGAACGACGGGCUUGGGCAGUAGCGAACUUGGAUUCGGCGACCAGUUAG